UCCUCGAGCACGAGGCACGACAGCUGCCAUUCUCGGGUCUACAUGACUCCCGUGCUGGCCUAGUGAGUGAGUGCGUGACGUCCUCUGACCUCUGAGAGCGACAGAGACACCGUCCAGACACCAUUAGCACCAAUCAUGGCGCGACGACAACCACGCCGGCAGUGGCCGUCGCCGGUGCUGCUGCUCGCGGCCGUGCUCGCCGUAUUUGCCCGGACCGCGGCGGCCGCCGUCAUCGAGCACAACUUCAACAUCACCUGGGUAUGGGCGGAUCCGGACGGGCAGCGCGCCCGGCCCGUCAUCGGCGUCAACGGCGUGUUCCCGCCGCCGGCCCUCGCCGCCACGGUCGGGGACACGGUUGUCAUCAACACGUGGAACUCGCUGGGCAACCAGUCGACGUCGCUGCACUUCCACGGCAUCUACAUGAACACGACGUCGCACAUGGACGGCACGGCCGGGGUCAGCCAGUGCUCGAUCCGGCCCGGCGAGUCCUUUACGUACCGCUUCCGCGUGGACCAGCCGGGCACGUACUGGUACCACUCGCACACGACGUCGCAGUACCCGGACGGGCUGCGGGGCAUGCUCGUCAUCGCGGACACGGACUCGCCCUACGUGGGCCAGUACAGCGACGAGAUUGUGCUGUCGCUGUCGGACUGGUACCACGACCAGAUGGUGACGCUGCUGGACGACUACGACACCAACGGCGGCGACCCGGAGCCCGACUCGAUCAUGAUCAACGACACGACCAACGUCACCGUCGCCGUCAAGCCGGGCACGACGUACCUCGUGCGCGUGGCCAACAUUGCCGCGUACGUCGGCAUCUACUUCUGGAUCGAGGGCCACGUGAUGCGCAUCGUCGAGGCUGACGGCGUGUGGACGCAGCCGGCAGAGGCGACCCUGAUCUACCUCGCCGCGGGCCAGCGGCACUCGUUCCUGCUGACCACGCGGCCGGAUGCGCAGGCCAACUUUGCCAUGGUUGCACGCAUGGACCCGGAACUGCAAUACCUGGACGAAUCGGAGAGGGCGGUUGGCUGGCUCACCUACGACGACCAGAAACCCUUUCCCGACGCCAAAGUCGUGGAAGACUUCUCUGGGGCAUUUGACGACAUGGCUCUCGUCCCGUAUGACCAGCAGCCGGUCCUGGGCCCGGAGGUCGGGCAGAGCAUCACCCUUGCUAUCGGCAUGGGGAUGGCCAUGGACGGCGGUCACCACUGGCGCUUCAACAGCUCGACCUAUCAGACGCCCUCUCUCCCCACGCUCUUCAGCGCGCUCGACGAGGCCGCCAACGUGACCGACCCGGACCUGUACGGCAAGAACUCGCAGCCUAUAGUCCUUGCGCACAACCAGGUCACCGAGCUCGUCAUCAUCAACAAGCAUCCGAUGGACCACCCGGUGCACCUGCACGGGCACUCGUUCCAGAUCCUCCAGCGCACCGCGGCGUCGUCCCGGCAGGACGUCUGGGCCGUAGUAGACCCCAACGCGACUCCCGUGAGGCGGGACACGGUGCUCGUGCGCAGCGGCGGCGCCGCGCGCAUCCGCUUCGUCUCGGACAACCCGGGCGUGUGGCUGCUUCACUGCCACAUGGAGUGGCACUCGCACUCGGGGCUCGUGGCGACCAUCAUCGAGGCGCCCGAGGAGAUCCAGCGGCAAGGCCUGAUCAAGGCGCUGCCCGUGGGCACGGACUCGAAGAGAGUGUGUGAGAUGCAGGAUGUGCGCCCGGCCAUGGAGUGGCAUGAGAUUGUGGAACUGGGGAGCGGGGUCAAGAUCAGGUUCACUCGGAAACAGUAGCGCAUCCGUGGCCUCUGGAGCAGCAGGCCUGGCGCUCAUAGCCGUCGCGGCUGCAGCCUCGACAUGGUACGUGCGGCGCAGAAGGGCGCGCGCUCGUGGAGAGGGCUCGGCGGCUGGGGCAGAGAAGCACGAAUAUGAGCUCGUCAAGCACGGCGAGGAGGAGGACGAUGAGGAUGACGAUGACGAGGUAGACGCUAUGGGGAGAAGAAAGUGAUGCAUGAUCAGUGUAUAGAAAGCGUUUGUUAUUGUGUCUUUUGUACUAGAACGUGCUGUUGACUUUGAAGAUAAAGAAAUGCACGACCUUCAUGCGCAAAGUGUCACCUCUCGUUGUGGUGAAUCUGCAGCAGAAGGACAAACAAGCUGUCACCAGAUCAAGGAGAGUCAACUCCACCAUGGUCAAGACAGCCCGCAGACACGCCAGACGUAACAGCCGUUCAGGCAUUGUUUUGUUCUACAAGUAUGAUACAAUAAGAUUAAUGAGUGGU